ACAUAUGUGAUUCGAAAGAUAUAUCUAGGUAAUGAGCUUCUACAUAACAUCAUGCUAUCCAUUAACAUCUGAUAUAUUAUGCCUCAAGCUAUCAGUCUUUGAUAGAAAUUAGUUAACUAUGUUGUAAUUAGCACAUCCUGUCUAGGUCUCUUCCUUUUUUCAUUGAAUCCCUCCCACAUUUUCUUACGCCCUCUCCUUCAGUCUGCAUUGCUUCCUUUCCCCCCUCUGUUUUUUUAGUCCUCUAUCUACCUAGAAUUUCCUUCACCAAACAUUCAUGUAUCUUAAUUCCUCUCUGUUUUUUUUCUUGUUGUCGUCUCCCAUCACCUUUCCUCUUCCAUUUCCUCAUGUAAAAUACAUUAUUCAAUUUCUCUCUCUUCUUUCGCUUCCUUUUCCUCUCCCAUCCUUUUAUCUAAGGACCAUAAAACCCGAUUUAAAUCCCCAGACCAUGCCCAUAUGUAUUUGAUUGGAGGGUCACAUGCCCAUGGGCGUGAUAUUCGCUUUUACUGUCCUGCUAUUGGUUUCUUCAAGCCCUAAGUGGUCUAUUGUUCCAGUCGGAGCUCUGCAGCUGAAUUUACCCUUUUCAGGGGUUGGGAGGGGGUAAGAUAACUACCCCUUGUAAAAGAUCAAGAUUAAAUAUCUGCCCCCUGUACCCCCAUGAGUCUCCGGGUCAAAGAGAGAGCUCCGUGAGAGCAAGAUAUUAUACAAAAUGGGUAGCCAGGGAGACUGCAGUGUCAGGGUGGCUCUAAGGAUUCGUCCUCAGAGUAGUAAAGAGCAAGCAGAAGGAUGCCAUAUUUGUACCUGGGUUUACCCUGGUGAACCACAAGUACUUCUGGGAAAGGACAAAGCCUUCACAUAUGAUUAUGUGUUUGAUAUGGACACAGAGCAGGCAACUGUGUAUGAGACUUGUGUGUGCAAUCUGGUGGAAGGAUGCUUCCAGGGGUUCAAUGCCACGGUGCUAGCAUAUGGACAGACAGGUGCAGGGAAGACACACACUAUGGGCAGUGGCUUUGAUCUAAUGGUAACAGAGGAGGAGUUAGGGAUCAUUCCCCGGGCAGUGCGUCAUCUCUUUGGUACAAUUCAGAAGCACACAGUCACUGCUCAGGAAAAUGGGCGGCCAGAACCCAAGUUUAAAGUCAGUGCACAGUUUUUAGAGCUGUAUAAUGAAGAAAUCCUGGAUCUCUUUGAUGUGUCACGUGACCCUGACUCCCGUCACAGGAAAUCUAACAUCAGAAUCCAUGAAGAUGCCAAUGGGGGGAUCUACGUCAGUGGUGCCAGCACCCGCAGUGUCAACUCAGAGACAGAGCUUUUACAGCUUCUAAAGGAGGGUGCACUCUCCCGCACAACAGCCAGCACUCAAAUGAAUUCACAGAGUUCGCGCUCUCAUGCCAUUUUUACUGUUCAUCUUCACCAGACACGUGUGUCUGAGACCUGUCCACUAGAUGUUCCUACUCCAGAAUAUGAGACCCUCACUGCUAAGUUUCACUUUGUGGAUCUUGCUGGGUCUGAACGUCUGAAAAGAACAGGAGCAACAGGAGAACGGGCAAGAGAAGGGAUAUCUAUCAACUGUGGCCUGCUUGCUUUGGGAAAUGUGAUCAGCGCAUUGGGAGAUCAGAGUAAGAAGAUUCUCCACGUUCCGUACAGAGAUUCCAAACUGACUCGACUGCUACAAGAUUCGCUGGGUGGUAACAGUCAGACUGUGAUGAUUGCCUGCGUCUCUCCAUCUGAUCGUGACUUCAUGGAAACUUUAAAUACAUUGAAAUAUGCCAACCGAGCACGGAACAUCAAGAACCGGGUAACAGCUAAUCAGGAACAGAGUGUUCAGCAGAUGCGGGCACUGAGGGCAGAGCUUGCAAGACUGCGCCUUGAACUACAGGAAUACAAAGCUGGUCAUCGUACUCCUGGUUCAGAUGCCAUUAGUGAUAUGUGCGAGGAGCUGUCUAUGCUGCGUAGUGAGAAUGCAUCCCUGAGGCUGCGUGUCACUGCCUUGCAAGAAGCCAUCAGGGCCAUUAAUGCCCGUGUCACUCGCAUGGCUGGACAAGAGGCAGUCCGUCUGCUACAAAGAGCUGGUGAUAGUAAUGAAGAGAUACAAACCCUGAUACAGAAUUACAUCCAUGAAAUAGAGGAACUAAGAACUCGUCUGGUUGAGAGUGAAGCAAUGAAUGAAUCUCUACGCCGCAAUCUCUCUCGUGCAAAUGCACGUUCCCUGAAUUCUGGCCCAGCACCACCCACUCUAUCUCUCGAUGCAGAGGUUACUGAAGUUGUGAGAAGAGCAAAAGAGGAACUUCAGAGCUUACGGAGGCGAGAGAGCCCAGAGGUUGAUAAUUACAAAAAGAGAUCAAAACUUCAGACUGAUAACAGUGAAGAGACAGAUGAGAAUGAAGCAGAAGAGGAUGAUGAACAUGAAGAAAGUGAAUGUGAAGACGUAGAGAGUGAAGAGAGUGGAGAGAGUGAUGGAGAGACUGACUCUGAGCCAGAGGAGAAAGGUGUGUCACCACCAGGCUCACUUAGAGGGGAUUUGGCUGAUUUAACAUGUGAGAUUGAGAUUAAACAACGCUUGAUUGAGGAAUUGGAACAAAGUCAGCGUCGGCUACAAACUCUCAAACUCCAGUAUGAGGAAAAACUGCAACAGUUACAGAGCCGGAUACGUGACACUCAACUAGAGAGGGACCGAGUCCUAAGAGAGCUUAGUUCAAUGGAGUGUUAUACAGAGGAAAAAGCAAACAAGAUCCGUGCUGAUUAUGAGAAGCGGCUACGAGAGAUGAACAGAGACUUGCAAAAGCUGCAACUGGCUCAACGGGAACAUGCGCGACUUCUAAAAAACCAGACCCGCUAUGAACGUGAACUGCGCAAACUUCAGGGAGAACUCAGUGACAUGAAGAAAGCCAAGUCAGUUUUGAUGAAGCAGAUGAGGGAGGAGCAACAGAGAAGAAAACUUGUGGAGUCCAAGAGGAACCGGGAGAUAGCACAGCUAAAGAAGGAGCAACGUAGGCAGGAACUUCAAAUUAGAGCAUUGGAGUCUCAGAAGAGGCAACAGGAGAUAGUUUUAAGGCGUAAGACCCAGGAGGUAUCUGCCCUUCGGCGUCUCUCUAGGCCUUUAAUGGAUCGGUCAGUCAGCCGCAUACCCUCUCUCACAGACUCCGGAGCAGAAUUGUCCACAAGCACCACGUCCUCAGAGGCAGACAGUGGAGCACGCACUGUGUCCAGCAUUGUGAGACAGUGGAACAAGAAGACAAAUGGGGAACCUGGACCAGUUACCAACGGGACUCGAACUUCAAGGUUGGCUUCUUCUCCCAUUGGUAGGAGGAAAGUUAUUCGCCAAGGUCUCCCACUCAGUAAGGCUGCUCGCGUGAAGUGGCAGACCCUGGAGAAGAGAGUACAUGAGGUUGUUCUACAGAGGCUAACUUUGCUAAACUUGGAGAGUGACAUGGAGAGAUUACUCAGGAAGCGUGAAGAGUUGUCUCUCCUGCAUGAGGCAUUAUUAAGUCGUGUUGGUGGUCAUUCAGAAGAGGGUGGAGAGGAUCGGACACAGCAGGAUGUUGCAGAGGAGCUGGAAGCCUUGACAGCCAAUAUUGAUUAUAUAAAUGACAGUAUCCGGGAGUGCCAAGCUACCAUUGUACAGAUGGAGGAAACCAAGGAGGACUUGGAUUCAACAGACACCUCAGUUGUAAUAAGCUCCUGUUCUCUAACAGAGGCAAGACAUCUACUGGACAACUUCUUAAGGGCCUCCAUUGACAAGGGGUUGCAGGUAGCCCAAAAAGAAGCCCAGAUUCGGGUACUGGAGGCUCGAAUACGGCAGACUGAUAUGGCAAGCCAGGCUCACACUCAAAUGCUGUUGGACAGAUCAGAAUGUCAAAGCAUGCAGCAAGAGAAUGGAUAUGUAAGCACAGAUGAUGAGGUAUCGGAAUUCAGUCAAGCCUCAGAAGGAAGUUCCUCAAUCACCUACACAAUGAGAGGAUCAUCCAGUCAAGAUGACUUUAAGUGGAAGGGGGAACCCCGCCUCUCACGACAGGUAAAAGCUAUUUCUGCUGAGUGCUUAAGCCCAUCACUGGAGCCAUCCACCAAAAACAUCACCAAGUCAUUGGCUUCAUUGACUGACAUUUUAGAGGACAGUGGAGGCUUCUACUCAGGAAUUCUUCGUGGGCGGACAUCACACAGCCUUACUCUACCAGUCCGUGGGAAUACCUUCCCUAGACAAUCCCGAGGACCAAAUACCUCUCCAUUAACACGUAGAAAAUCUUAUGACAGAGGACAACCAAGGGUUUCAGAAUCAAGUUUGACACCACCUUCCUCGCCCCCCAUGCGCCCCCGCAAUGAUAAAAAUGUGUUUUCUCGGUUAACAAGUAAUCAAAGUACAGGGUCUGCACUGGAUAGGUCUGAUGAGAGUGACUGCCUUUUCUCGGAUGCUACCAGGGGGGUGAUCAGCCCUUUAGGGAGUGCAAAAGGUACCCGGACUGCACCGUUACAAUGUGUGGCUAUAGCAGAAGGACACACAAAACCUGUUCUCUGUGUGGAUGCUACAGAGGAACUGCUUUUUACUGGGUCUAAAGAUCGCACCUGCAAGCUGUGGAAUCUGGUAACAGGUCAGGAAAUUGGGUCUCUGCGUGGACAUCCCCAUAAUGUUGUGUCAUUGAAGCACUGUUCCCAAUCUGGUCUAGUGCUGUCUGCAUCAGCGUCUUUUGUGCGUGUCUGGGACAUCAGGGAUCCUGCCCGCUGUGUGCGCACACUACUGUCAUCUGGUCAGGUAGUGUCUGGCGAUGCUUGUUCUGGAAUGGGUCUACGUGGCACGAGCACUACACAAGGAGAGCUGCAAAUUAAUCAGAUUGCUCUAAACCCUGAAGGCACAAUCUUGUAUACAGCUGCUGGCAAUGCAGUAAGAGCUUGGGAGCUAAGCAGGUUGCAGCCCAUUGGGAAGUUGACAGGACAUAUGGCUCCAGUUAUGUGUUUAACAGUGAGCAAUACCCAGAGCGGAAGAGAUCUUGUUAUUACUGGAUCCAAGGACCACUAUAUUAAGAUGUUCGAGCUCCCUUCUGGAUGGGGCGGGAGUGUUUCGCCCACCUAUAACCUGGAGCCUCCUCAUUAUGAUGGGAUUGAGUGCCUUGCUGUGCAGAGUGGGAUACUUUUUAGUGGUUCAAGAGACAAUGGCAUUAAAAAGUGGCACCUACAGCAACAUGAACUUAUGCAGCAAGUUCCCAAUGCACACCGGGACUGGGUAUGUGCGCUGGGCUUUGUGCCAGGCCGUCCUCUAAUGCUCAGUGGUUGCAGAGGAGGUGCCCUUAAAGUCUGGAAUAUGGAAAACUUUACUCCCAUUGGGGAAGUCAGAGGUCAUGAGAGUCCUAUCAAUGCCAUGUGUUCUAACAGUCGCCAUAUUUUCACAGCAUCCAGUGACUGCCGGGUCAAGCUGUGGCUAUAUGUUCCUGGUCUCACUCCGUGUCUUCCACGACGGGUUCUGGCGAUCAAAGGCCGUGCCACUAGUCUUCCGUAAAUGGCCCUCCAUCUCUCACUACCCCUUUCUUUCACCAAUUAUCCCCUUUAAAAUCAACGCCCUCCCCCCUCCAUUGAAGGUAUGAAGGUAUAUAGAGAUGCUAUCAUGUUAUGAUGUUAUCUUUCACAGUUGCAGAAAAUCAAAACUAAAACAUUUUCCUUGUUUUUUAUGCAUGUAGUGACCAUACAGUGAAGAUGUGGAGUGGAAAAAGACGCCUCAUCCAGAUCACAUAAUACAGGACUUCUUACCUAACCAGUGCUCAAACCUUGGGGACACUAGUUCAAAGACAUUUCACUCAGAUAAAACGUCUGUUCCUUUUUAAGUGUCAUUUCUCAUCUCUUAUUCUGUCUCCAGGAAUCUUAGCACUGGUCUCAAAUGUAAGGAUGGAGGAAUUGACAGGCUUAUUUCUGCAACAGAAAGGUCACAAGGAAAGUGGAAACAGGCACAAAGAAAAAUGAUGGAUGAAGAGGGAGCAGAAUUUAAAUAACCUCUUUUCCUCUUCAUUUUUUAAUAUCACCUUUCUAAUACCUCCCAGUAUUAGACUUUUCCUCCAUGAAGUUGUCAUGCACUGCCAUAGACUACUGUAAUUUUACUUGCAUCACAUUCUUUUUUAAGCUGCUUCAAGUGUGCCCCCUUCCUAACGCCAAGCACCUUAUAAAAGCGUUGAUGCAUCAAGUAUGACUAAACUUCUCCAUACAAACUGACAGCUACAGACUACACAAAUUGUUUUAUGUUCAGAGAGGAAGUUAGCAUACAGACCUCAAAUUUAUACCCCUGAUAAAGCUACCUCUAAGACUUGGCAAAAAAUAAAAAAACAAAAACAGAAAAACCAUAUGUUGCUCACACUUCAGGUCUUUGGAGGAAUUAAUGGGGAGAAAGGGGUUUUGUCAUUCAGACAUGAAAUAUGAUGGGGGUUCUUUUUCUGUAAAAAGUGUUAAAUAACUUUAUUUAAAGCACAAUUUAUACAUUUGUGUUGCAAAUGAAAACUGUUAUUUGUGUCAAUAAAGUUGAAAUUCAAAAGAUUAACAA